GCCACAGCUGAUUGCUGGAUGACCCACACACGCAGCAAUGGACAGUCAGCUGCCUGCAAUAGAUGCAUAGCAGGAGAAUGCACUAAUGCACACACACACCGUAAUUGAGUGAUAGCCAUUUAGCAGUCAGUGCAGGUACACAUACACACAGAGCGGCAUUGUACAGUUACGUUUGCUUAUCUCCGCCGCUUGGACGUGUUGAUUGUAUUUCUUCAAAACAAAAAUUUGGCGGAAAAUUUGAAGACAGCAUACCAGUGGCCGCAAUCAACUCAGAUAUACACACAUACCUACAUCUCACCACGUCAGAUCUUCGCUUGGAUGUAAAUCGAUCUUGUCGCCGAUACAAAUAAUUUUAGUAAACUAACAUUCGCAUGCACACACACACACAUACGUACAUAGCUGCACUGGUUGACGUGUACCUCUCGCAGCAUUUAGACGCGCCUGUUGAUUACACAUUAUCGAAUUGCCGUGUUUACACAAUAGUUUUAUAAAUCGCCAUCAAUUUUCAAGAGCCGGCACAGUAGAAGCCCAGCAGUCGACACGAUGAGCGCGCCGACAUUUGCCGACAUAUCUGCCAAGUUCAAUGAAGCCACCUUGGACGAGAUCAUUCAGAAUGCCGGCGGCACCAAGCACACCUCGUACAAGUUCGGCGCAGGAGGUAAGAAGGGAGACUCUUAUCUGAGUCGAGUGUUCCGGCUGUGUGUGUAUGGCGUCAAGGAGCCCGAGGGCGAGCAGCUGGAGGUGAAUGUUGUUGUCAAGGGCAUGCCGGACAACAUGCAUAGGCGUCGCCUGUUCCGCUCCACGGACUUCUUCCGCAACGAGAUACAUUUCUACACUAAGAUCAUUCCCGCCGUGGAGGCUUUCCAGGCGUCGAGGCAGCCCAAGCCUAAGAAGCCUUUCGUCGAAUAUCCCAAGUGCUAUGCAUCCUUGUGCGAUGGCGCCAACGAUUUCAUUGCUCUCGAGGAUGUGGGCUUCCGUGGCUAUCGGUCGCCCGAUCGCCAGAGCUAUAUCGCACUGGAGGACGCGCUACUCACCAUGCGCACCCUGGGCCGUUUUCAUGGCGUGGCAUUGGCCUUCAAGGCGCUGGAUGCGGACAACUUUGAGAAGGCCGCUAGUGCUCUGGAGGAGACCUACUAUGGCGAGCACACGCGUGAGUGGUACACGGGCUUCCUGCAGGUGGCCGAAAACGUUGCCCUCGACGCAGUUACCAAGACCUUGCCCAACACUAAAUACGAGACUUUGGCCACCAAUUUCCUGCAGCCGCAGCUGUUCGAUGAUAUGAUUAAUCUGGUCUCCACUCGCUCCAAGCUGAGUGUCUUUGGCCACGGCGACUGCUGGACGCCCAACUUUCUCACACGCUACGGCCAGGACGGCGCUCCACAGGAAAUCAUCAUAAUUGACUUUCAGCUGGCUCGCUGCGCCUCCUUGGCGCUAGACAUCAGCUUCUUUAUAUACUCCUGCACCAGCCAGCAGCUGCGCGAAGAGCACUACGAUGAUCUGUUGCGCGCCUACUUGGAGAGUGCCCAGGCGCUCAUUACGGAUCUGGGCGGCGAUGCGGAAGCGGUCAUCUCCUGGGAAUCGUUGCAGGAGGAGCUGAAACAGUUUGGUCGCUUCGGGGUUGGCAUGGGCAUCGAAUCACUGCCGAUGUCGCUCAUCGAGGACGACGAAGUGGCCGAUCUGGAGGGCAUUAUCGAGAACGCCGUGCUCACUGACGUCUGGAACAUAAAGCCCUUCGAGCAGCCCGCCAAGCGGCAGCGCAUCGCCGAGAUUUUCAAGCAUGCCGUUGACCAGGGCUACAUCAAGUAAGCCAACGAGGCAUCCACAUAGACGUUGAGUACCUCGUAUAUUCAAGACAAUACUUCUAUACAUUAUACAGACAUGUGUAAAUGUCUACCUGUAUAAUGUGUACCUGUAUACCCUGUAUCUGUAUUUCGGCUAGCGGGUAAUAAACUCGACUGCUGUCCAUUAUUAUUCUUGAUCUAAUAUGAUCAACUACGGCAACUAGCUAAACAAAACUCAAGUACUAUCAAUAAUAUAAUAUAUCAUUAAGCUACACAAAUGCAUGAGGAAAUAAAUACAUAUAUUUUUAUGAAUAGAAAUUAUAGAAAUAUAUACAUACACAUAUUAA